AUGCCUCGUGAUUCGAGGGGCGGGGACCGGAGGAAAGCGCUCAGAGCUCUAGACGGGAUGAAAAGGUUACCUCGCGAGCUCCUUCAUCAGAAAUCACACUGCAUGGUCAUCACUGCGUGUGGGAGGGGGGGGCAGUGGGAACAGGCUGUGAAGUUACUGAGAGAGAUGCCGACGGCAGGACUAUCCCCUAAUGUCAUCACCUACAACGCAGUUUUUGCUGCGUGCGCAAAGGGCGAACAAUGGAAGGGGGCCCUGGCGUUGCUGAAGGAAAUGACCGCGGUAGGGCUUACCCCCGAUGUCAUCACCUACAGCUCUGCGGUAGACGCGUGCGCAAAGGGCGAACAAUGGAAGGGGGCCCUGGCGUUGCUGAAGGAGAUGACCGCGGUAGGGCUUACCCCCGAUGUCAUCACCUACAGCUCUGCGGUUGACGCGUGCGCAAAGGGCGAGCAAUGGAAGGAGGCCCUGGCGCUACUGAAGGAGAUGACCGCGGUAGGGCUCACCCCCAACGUCAUUAGCUACAACGGCUUACCCUCGAUGUCACCAUGGUGCACCUACAACUCGGCCAUCGACGGUUGUUCCAAAGGAGGUCAGUGGAAGGAGACCCUGGCGCUACUGAAGGAGAUGGCCGCGGUAGGGCUUACGCCCAAUGUCAUCACCUACAACUCGGCCAUCGACGCUUGUUCCAAAGGAGGUCAGUGGAAGGAGGCGCUGGCGUUGCUGAAGGAGAUGACCGCGGUAGGGCUCACCCCCGAUGUCAUUAGCUACAGCUCGGCCAUCGACGCUUGUUCCAAAGGAGCUACAGCGCAGCUAUUUCCGUGCGCAAAGGGCGAACAAUGGAAGGGGGCCCUGGCGUUGCUGAAGGAGAUGACCGUGGUAGGGCUCACCCCCAAUGUCGUUAGCUACAGCGCAGCUAUUGCGUGCGCAAAGGGCGACCAAUGGAAGGUGGCCCUGGCGCUCCUGAAGAAGAUGACCGCGGUAGGGCUUACCCCCGAUGUCAUCACCUGCAACUCGGCCAUCGACGCUUGUUCCAAAGGAGGUCAGUGGGAGACGGCCCUGGCGCUACUGAAGGAGAUGGCCGCGGUAGGGCUUACCCCGAGUGUCGUUGGCUACAACUCGGCCAUCGACGCGUGUGCACGCGGGGGGCGGUGGAAGGAAGGCGUAGAUCUACUGGAGGAAAUGCGCGAAUUGGGAGUUGUCCCCGACGUCAUCACCUACCACGCCUUGAUGGUCACGUGCGUGAAUUAUGACUAG